UAAAUACGAGUCGCGGUUCUCUGGAAUGAGAUUUCAUUUGACGAACCCUCAGAAUGCUAUUGUGUGCUCUAAUUAGAAACUAUUACGAAAAGACAAGAAGCUUGUAAAAUAAUUUUGUAUUUAGUUGUCCGUGAAGUCUUUUUUUUUUUUUUUUUUUUUUUACUAUAGUUGGUUUUGCUACAAGAUCUUGCAAUUAUUCCAAGACAGCAGCUAUGGAAAAUGUGAAAAAUCUGGGACACAAUGGGGAUCCACCAAUGACUAUAAGUCCAGUACAAAUAACUGAUAUUAUAGACGAAAUGACCACCUCCGUGACUUCUGCUGUUUUGGAAAGACCUGGAUGUGAUCAGGACUUGAUAUUAAGAGAAAACAUGGAGGAUGAUGUUACCCAUAUAGAAGACCAAGCUGAAUGUGAAGUGUUGAACCCCAAAACAGAAGAUUCGGAAGCGGACUCUCCACCACAGGAUGAUUUGAACAAUAAGUCCAAUGAACAGCCACUAGCAGGUACUGAUGAUUUACUGUCUACCAACGAUAAUAAAUAUUUAAUCGAGCUAUCCGAAGAGACGACAUUGAUGAUUCACGAAGAGGACGAUAACACAUCUUUUGAAAGCGACAAGGAAAACGGAGAGGAAUAUCUUCCAGAAGAUCUUUCCGAAGAAAAUGGACUAAACAAGUCUCACUCAGAAAGUCCCAGUGGAAGCCACCCAGAUUCCACAAGCGGACAUCCUGCCACCGAGAAUAGACCGGAAAUAUCUAGACACAGUUACUCUAAAUAUGACACUGUAUCUUACCGCAAGAUCAGAAAGGGUAACACGAAACAAAGAAUUGAUGAGUUUGAGUCCAUGAUGAAUUUAUAACAUCAGUUCCACAGCCUAACAAUUUCCCACUAAUGAGAUUUGCUACCUAUUAACUGAUUGAUAGACUGUCUUAUACAUGUAAUUGCUUUUAAAUAAUUUGAUGCUCUGAAUAUUUUGGUACAGAUGCUAUUUUAAAACGAUAAAGAAAUAGAAAUCAGUAUUCCAUGAUAUUAAUUGAAUUACUAAUAACUAAUUCAUAAAAGAAUGUAAGAAGAAAUGUAAUGCGAGUAUGGGACUUGCAUAUUAUGGAAAAAGACCCGUAUUGACAAAAAGUGAUAUAAGCCAUAGAAAGUGAUGGGAGUAAUAAAAACAACAAAGUUCCUUCUGAUUGAUUUGCGUUGUUUUCU